AUGACGGGCAAAGCGGGCGCGGCGCUGGCCCCCAGCCUGCCCGGCAAGCCCAAGCCCGACGGCGCGGCCGCCGCCCCCGCCGCCCCGCCACUGCCUCCGCCGCCCCCCGCUGCUGGGGUCAAGUCCAACUCUGGGCCCACCCCACCCCGCUGCACCGGCUUCGGCAUCCAGGAGAUCCUGGGUUUGAACAAGGAGCCGCCGUCGCACCCUCGGGCCGCCCUGGACUCUCUGCCCGCCGGGCACCUGCUGGCGGCCCGCUCCGUACUCAGUCCCGCCGGGGUGGGCGGCGUGGGCAUGGGGCUGCUGGGGGCCAGCGGCAUCCCCGGCUUUUACACCCAGCCCACCUUCCUAGAGGUGCUCUCCGACCCGCAGAGCGUCCACCUGCAGCCCCUGGCCCGGGCCCCCGGGCAGCUGGACAGCAGCCAGACGGCCAGCUCAGAUUCCGAGGAUGUCUCUUCCAGCGACCGAAAAAUGUCCAAAUCCUCCCUAAAUCAGAGCAAGAAACGAAAGAAGAGGCGGCACAGGACAAUCUUCACAUCCUAUCAACUGGAAGAGCUGGAAAAGGCCUUCAAUGAGGCCCACUAUCCUGACGUAUAUGCUAGAGAGAUGUUGGCCAUGAAAACAGAGUUGCCAGAAGACAGGAUACAGGUUUGGUUCCAGAACCGCCGGGCCAAAUGGCGGAAGAGGGAGAAGUGCUGGGGCAGGAGCAGUGUGAUGGCUGAGUACGGGCUCUACGGUGCCAUGGUGCGUCACUCCAUCCCGCUGCCUGAAUCCAUCCUCAAGUCUGCCAAGGAUGGCAUCAUGGAGUCCUGUGCCCCUUGGCUCCUGGGGAUGCACAAAAAGUCUCUGGAGGCAGCGGCUGAGGCGGGGAGGAAGACAGAGGUGGAGUGCCAGGCCCUGCCCAAGCUUGACAAAGGUGACAAAGAAGAAAGGGGUCCUGAUCCCAAAACCACCAUUUCCCAGGAAGAACUGAGAGAAAACAGCAUUGCUGCCCUCAGGGCCAAAGCUCAGGAGCACAGCACCAAAGUCCUGGGGACCAUUGCCGGGGACACCCCAGCCCCAGGCAGGAAGCCGGAGACAGGGGAGGAGGCGGCAGUGGCAGAGGAUGAGAGACAGACGGAGAAGUUGAACUCAUCGCAGAAGGAGGAGAAGUUGAUCUAGGGGGAACAGAGGUGGCAGAAGCCAGCCCCGACAGACACUGUGUCCUC